AAAACAAAAGUCGCGGCAGAUGAUAAGAUUGUCAUGGUGUAUUUGUUUUCUCGACUUGUCGUCCUUCCUUCUAAACGAAGCAUCGUCUACUCUGCUAGGCAAGGUCCCCCCGAGGUGCACGUAUUGUGCAUCAUUACUAGAUGGCCAGUGAAUGGCUAAGUGGGAAAAGAAAUUACGUCCCCUCCCCUCUCACCACCACCACCAGACCUCCUGUUCGUCAUUGGUCCAGGUAGCUUCGACAACUGUCAGCCUUUGCCACCCCAAACGCACCUGCAAAAUGGCAGAUAACACACCCCGGAUUACGAGGAGAUAAAACAGACUUUACCCCUAAAGUGCAGAGAACGCGGUCAGAGACCCGGUGACACAAGUAUUUGAGUGCUUCUGCCAGCCACCUCACACCCAGGGUGGCCUAUGCUUUCAGAAGGCUGUAGCUCCUCGUGCAAGGUGAUCGUUUGGAGUGCGUUGAGAAGAGAGGCUAAAGAGAGAGCCGACUAAUGUCGCUUCAUUCGCUCCAUUCUACCCCCAGAGAUACCGCAGAAGCCCGGCCUAACACUGUGCAGACUGCCUGCAGACGACUGAUGGCGCAAGAGUUCGAGGACCUGCGUAGCGGCAACUUCUGGCGUGCCGUGGUCGCCGAGUUCUUGGGUUGCGUCCUCUUGAUAUACUUCUGCGUUGGAGUAGGGCUGAGAGCACCAGAUGACAGCCCGUCCAACCUGCUGGAGGCAGCCCUGGCUGUCGGCUUCUUCUUUGCAGCCAUGCUGUCAGCUCUGAUGGCCGUGUCUGGCGCCCACAUCAAUCCUGCCGUCAGCAUCGGCUUAUUGGUGGCCCGCCAUUGCUCCUUCGUCCGUUUCUUCUUCUACGUCAUUGCUCAGUGCGCAGGUGCUAUCACAGGUGCAGCGCUGCUCAAGGCUGUGACUCCGGAGUCCAAGAUUGGCAACCUGGGCAUCCUGUUACCUGCCAAAGACGUGUCGUCCUCCCAGGCGGUGAUGGCGGAGUUCAUAAUCUCCUUCUUCCUCCUCUUCUGUGUGGUGGCCAUGAUCGACAAGGGCCGAACCGACGUGCAGGGUUCUAUCCCUUUCAUCGUCGGCAUUAUUGUCUCCAUGAACGUCAUCUACGCGGCGAACAUGUCUGGGGGGACUAUGAAUCCAAUUAGGAAUUUUGGUCCUGCGGUUAUCACUGGCAACAUGGACCGACACUGGAUUUUCUGGGUGGGACCGAUGCUAGGGGGCGCGGCGGGCGGCCUGCUGUACGACCGGGUCUUUUCCACGGGCGUGACGCCGUCCUCAUUGCGCAAAUCCUGCUUGUCCCGCAACACCUACGCUUCCAUCGCCUCUGAAGAGGAGGGCAACGGUGACAUCCUCCUGCAGGAGAAACCGUCGUCGCUGAAGAAAGAUGGGAUAGAGAGCGAGAGAGAAGUCUGAACGGCGUACGACGAGCCGCCAUGACGACGUCCACAGCAUGCAGCUCUCGUCACGUGAAUUUAAAAACUGCGAUGUGGAGAGUUGGGGCGGGGCGGGGGAUGGGGGAAAACAACAAUCGAGUUUGUUGGAGGGUUGGGUGAGAUAGAGGGUGGGGUAAAGCUAAAUAACGUAGAAUAAUCGAGAGUAUUUUAAACGGGAGAAGCCUUUGUGCCUUUUGGUGACCAGAAUUAUCGAUAUGCAAUGUUUGAAGUAUGUAGAUGUGUGGUAGGUGCCUUGGAAUCUAAUGCUAUGUUCGUUCGUUACACAGAGAUGUGUGGUACGUGCUUUCUUGAAUUGUAGCGACAGGUUCUAGCCGUGUGUGACUGUUUGCCUUAUUUUCAUGCUGGUUUGCAUAUUCAUGAAAUCACAGAUAUUAUCACAAACCAGAAAGUAGCAAACAAGUGGUAGGUAACUGGGAGUGAGAGUAAUUGUAGAGUUGUCCUUCUUGCGAGAGCCUCAGCAGGAGAUUGUGUAGUAGUGGUAUGCUAAGGCAAGGGGAUGCGUGCGUGCGUGUGUGCAUUUGUUUCUGUGUGGGGGAGAGUGGGUACGUAUGUAUGUGUAUGAUGUGUGUAUCUGUACGCGUGUGCAUAUGUAGUGUGUGUAUGAAAGUGGGUUUGUGUGUGCGUGCGUGUGUGUGUAUGUGAGGGAGAGAGAGAUAGACAGAGGGAAGAAAAAUGAAGGCAGGAUGGAUAAGACAGAGGGAGAGAGAGAAUGAGUGCUGGGGGAAGAAAGAGAGAGAUAGAGAUAGCAGGCUGUGUAAUAUGAAAUAAAAACAGUCGCUUUCAGGAUGCGGGCUUCUUAGAACAUCUAAACAUGUGGCCUGACUCUGGCUGCUGGAGACCUUUCAGACCGUCAGCAUUAAAAGCUUCUGUAUC